AGGAGCCGGCGCACCUCAAGAUGUACGGUCUAACCUCAGUCGUGCUACCACGAGCCUUGGCCCAGGCCGUGCGCACAGGAUAUCUCAAUGGCCGAAGCCUCCAUAGCAGUGCAGUGGCAGCAACCUACAAGUACGUGAAUGUAUCAGAGUUAGAGAUGGACAUGAAGUCCGUGACUGACCGUGCAGCUCAGACUCUGUUGUGGACAGAACUCUUUCGAGGACUGGGUAUGACCCUGAGCUACCUCUUUCGGGAGCCUGCCACCAUCAACUACCCAUUUGAGAAGGGCCCACUGAGUCCACGCUUCCGUGGGGAGCACGCAUUGAGCCGCUACCCAUCCGGGGAGGAACGCUGCAUUGCCUGCAAGCUCUGUGAGGCCAUCUGUCCUGCACAGGCCAUCACCAUCAAGGCUGAGCCAAGAGCCGAUGGCAGCCACCGGACCACACGCUAUGACAUCGGCAUGACCAAGUGUAUCUACUGCGGUUUCUGCCAGGAGGCCUGCCCUGUUGACGCCAUCGUGGAGGGCCCCAACUUUGAGUUCUCCACCGAGACUCAUGAGGAGUUGCUGUACAACAAGGAAAAGUUGUUGAAUAAUGGGGACAUGUGGGAGGCUGAGAUCUCCGCCAACAUCCAGGCUGACUACCUGUACCGGUGACCUGGCCACUUGGCUCGGUCC